GCGCUCUCAAUACCGCGGCGCGCGCCCUCGGAGAACCCUGUUGGGUCUGUGAAGCUAGUCCCGCUGACUGUCACUGAAACUGCUAUCAGUUUAUCAGUCAGAGGAAAUGUGUUACCAGCACGUGGAGGGGCCGUUAUUGCGCUUGCUGUGAUGAAAACCGGAGCGUCAACAAAAGAUAGGUCAGGGGUGGUGGAAGAGGACGGUCAUGUGGUGUAGGAGAAAACAGAGACAUCGGAAUGCCACAGGCUCUCUCACUUCUGCCCUUCCUGUUGGUGCUCAUGGGAUAUGCUUUUGCAGGGCUCAAUAUCUGGCCUUCCUUCCAUGUUGCCCUUAGCAACGCCAGUGUAUUUGUGGACUUCAGCACAAAAUCCAACAGCAGCAACGUCCGCAACACGAGCCUCUCUCUGGUCAACACGGAAACCAAUACCACCCUCCUGAACAGGACGCUCCCCAAUAACCAAUCGACCGGUAGGGUGGAGUUCAACUGCUCUUGCUUCCUGUAUGCAGGAACUUUCCGGUUCCUGCUGAGGCAGACCAUCAUCUCUGCUGUGUCUCAUGCUAAUGGCACGGACGAAAGUAGCACGGAGAGCACUACCUGGUGGUGGAGUUCCGAACUGCAGGUGCAGUGGCCCACUUUUCACGUCGCUGUGGAGAAGGCAGGAAACCGCUCAGGAUCUUUUCAGGUUGGGAUAGCCACUAAUGAACACUUCCAGGCUUGCUCCAGCGGCAUUGACUCUUCUCUCUUUCUAGAAGUCAGCUACAUGGAGUACAACCAGAUAGGGCGAAACAGCAUUGACAAGAUCCGAGCCCGCACACGGCACCCAAUCAAACCCCUCCGUUCCCAGAGUGUUGAGCUGGCCUGCGCUUUCCCCUUCACAGAAAGAGACUUCAUACGAGUGGCUCUACGUUCUCCUCAUGCAGCACAGGAUGUGAAGAGCUCUGGACCUCUUUACCUGUCCCGUAUCUUUUCCUACAAGCUGUUGGUGGAAAACGCCAACGCUUACAGGAGUGGUUGUGAAGGGACUAUGACUGUUAAACUGAUAACCCCACCUUGUGCUCACAUCAAUGGGAAAGUAUUGCUGUAUAAGGAGGCAGGCAAUGGAAGAGUAGUUACUGUUUCCUCUGGGAUGGGAGCAAGCGGAACAGCCCUAAUGGGGUUUGGACCAGAGGAGCCCUCUUCUCCUCCGUUGGCUUUUAACUGGCUGACUCAGGGAGAGAAUGAGACAGAAUUCAACUGUUCUGUGUUUGACCCAGGAAGGAACAAGUACUGCUUUCGCUUUGUUUUCAACUUCAGUCGCUCCCCUAGUCCUGCACAGACCUGUCUAGUGGUUCACAGGAGUGCAGAGUCAUGGGGUCCAUGGCUGCCGUGGAGUGUGUGCAGUGUGAGCUGUGGAGACGGGGUGAGGGAACGAGUGCGCGAGUGUUUGCUGCCCUCAGGUGUGGAGGUGCAGUGCGCUGGCAUGGUGAAGGAACAGUCCCUCUGCUCACUGGAGGACUGUGCUGUGAUGCCUGCACCUUCUCCAUCCCUCCCCCCUGUAUCUCUCGGAGUUCCACCCCUAGGUGGUAACAUAGUCGUGGUAGCUGGUAUUUCCCUUUGCCUGGCCGUGAUUCUGGCUACUGUUGUGGUGACUGUGUGGAGAAAGCUUUGCCACACCCCUCCGUGCAGCUCUGUCCACAGAGGCUCUAUGCAUUCCCCUGGAGGACGCAAGCUCUCUGAUGAGGCCUCCAUUUGUGGCCACAGCCUCCAGAGACCCAGCCUGUCCGACGCCCAUGGCCCACAGGGGGGCAUGGUUGUGGCUGUAGCCCAGACAGACACUCCUUUCCUGGGCAGCCAGCCUUUCUCACAGACACUGGUGAUACCUGUCUCACAGGACCCAGAAAGGCUGUCCCCCACAGGUCAGAAGUUGUUGCCACCAAUAUUUGGGUACCGUUUGGCUCAGCAGCAGUUGAAAGAAAUGAAGAAAAAGGGGUUAAAAGAGGCCACACAGUUGUACCAUGUCUCCUCAAGCCCAGUCCAGGAUACCUUGGUAGAGACGUCUGCUUCACCCACCAACUCGCCCAUCCCUACACCAACUGGAUUUGCUCAUUCCGCACUCCCUUUGUGCCUCCAGGACGGUGCCAACCACAACCAUUUUUGUAUUGCAGCUCCCUUUUCUGAGCCGCCAUCGCAGACUUCUAGUGUCACCCCAGACAGACUGGAGGAGGUCUUAGGUCCUCUUAUCUCUUCUCAUGCAAGUGGGGGCAGCUCAAAAUGGCGUGACCGUACAGCUGACUGGGUGGAGAUGGUAGAGAGGAGUGCUUUAGCAGGUCUCAGACGAGGAGGGGGAGAUGCAGGAAUAGUAAACUCCUUUCAUAAAAAUCCAAAUUUCCGCCGGACCUCCAGUUUUAAUGACACCAAACCGCAGCCUCCACCCUCUGCACAGUCCAGACAGUUCAGAGAAAGGAGCAUGACCCAGGUGGGAUCUCGGACCCUCCCGGAAGGAAGCUGUUGGAACAAAGGAGGAAGGGAGAGGCAGCCAUACCGUUCUUACCCCAUUCCAGAGCAUGAGGUCUCAGAGUGGGUUAAAUACAGACCCCAGAGAAAUGACCAGAGGAAGCCCUGGAUAGAGACACCUGUUCCUUCUCAUAGUAGUGAGCUCAAACACACAGGAACCAACACAAACAGCAUUUCAGCUUCAGAGAAACAUGCUAAAGCAGACCUCAAUAGCACUGGGCAAAGGAGUGUUGAGACAGGAGGUGGAGGGGGAAUCUCAGGGAUUGGGGGUCCAGCAGCGGGACCUGCCAGCCUGAGUGUGGAUCGUGCAGAGCGGGCUGAGCAGAACUGGAACCGUCGUGGCCCAUCACCUAUCCAGAGGAACAUGCUGGCCCGGAAAUUAAAGGAGGCUCAGUCCUGCUCUGGGGUUAAGGGGCGGCAGCGCAGCUCCACCUUUAGUGUAUCGUCCUUGGAGCAGAGGAAAGGUCUCUGCCGCUCUCUGCCAAUGUCUGGAGACUACAGCAGCAGUGGUGGCUCACCCUAUAGGCUGAGUGAGGCAGAGCAGAGGAUGUUGGACGUAGAUCUGUCCUCAAAUGUAGGGGAGAUAUAGUAGAUCACAUGUUUGUGGUUCUGUACUACACCUGUAAGGAAUUGCCCUUGCAACUUAAAUUUAUUCCUAACAUAAAUCAUCUUUUACACCACAUCUUUACAAAGACUCUUAUAUCAGUGAAGAAUGUAUUAAGAAUGUGUUACUGUAGGGAGUUUGCUCAUCAAUGAGAAGGAGAACAAAAAGUAAAAUUUUUUUAGAAGAUAUUUCCAGAAGUUUAUGUUUCAAAGAUAAGGAUUUUCUUGUAAUUGUUUUAAAAUUUAUAAUUUUGAGAGGCUUUAUAAUUGAACAUAUUUCUGUCUUGUUUAGAGUAUGACUGUGUUCGGAACGUCUCUUUGUAAGUUUCUUUGUAUGUCAACUACUGGUACAGUAUGUACCACAAUAAGUCAUUUAUUUAACAUGACCUUGACGUCUGUAUGCACUGUUGAUGACAGUAUUCAGAACUCUACAGAAGACAGGUGAGUUUCAUUGUUCUACACUGCUGAAUGUGCUUGUUUUUAUCAUGCUGUGAAGUCCCACUGUACAUUACUGAUUAGGGACAGUUUGUAUGUGUGAUAUAAGCAAUGUCAGGCAUACUGCAAAAUGCACAAGUUAGAGUGGUAAUAUACAGUUUCAACUGUGUUUGAGGCAGUCAAAAAUGAAAGUCAGUGAGGCACUGAGAUGCUUUUUGUUUUAUUGUUUGAGUAAUAUAAUAAUACACUUCAUAGAAAGCAAUGCUUACUGGAAAAUAGAAGAUGCUGUACUAUUGCCAUUUGAUAAUAUUUUCAAAUAAUGAAGCAAAGGGAGAAAUUAAAAUACAUAUAAUGUUAACAUGAA